CACUCUUCAUUCCUUUUCUCCCUUCUCUUACUCCCUCCAUCCUUCCACCCUUUUACCACUAUCACACCCAUCCCUUGCAAUUGACAUUGCACCUUUCUUCCCUUCUCUUCUUCACCUUCUUUCCUUCUCCUUUCAACCUUUCAUGUCAACACUUUGCUACGUUUAAAAACUGGGUGACUAUAUGUCAUCAUCAACAUCAUUUUUCUUUCUUUUUUUUUUACGAUUUUCUAUAUUUUUCUACGUUUCCAUUAGAAUAUCUUUAUCUAGCCUCGUGGCACUCUAAUGUCCUUCAGCGGAUUCAUUUUCUCGCAAUCUUUAUUCUAAUUUACUCGCUCAUUCAUUCACCCAUUCAUUCACGACAGCAUCUCCUUUUUAUUCAUUUCUUCCUUAUUCACCAAACACAUUCCAAUAAUAAUGAAGCUGCAUCAUCCCAUUAUAUUGUUCAGUCUCAGCUUGACGGCUGCACUCACAUUCCUUACUGGAGUUUCCUCGACAGCCUAUCGUUCUACGGCCGUUGCAGCGGCUCAUAAUCGCCAACACAGACAGCACCAUUCUGAGCAAUUUGCACCCAUCGCACGCAAAAGAGCACUUAGUACAAAAAGAUCCUCUCCUUCGACCCCAAUUGCAAAGUCGCUUAGAAAGCGUGCUUCCGAGAAAAGCACAGAGUUAUCUUCCUCGUCCUCUUCCUCGAUACCCAAUACACCCUUAUUGCUCUUACCAGACUCGCAUUCAGUCUGGCAGACUGGCUCUUAUCAAACUGUUCGAUGGUCCCGCAAGUAUAUCAAAAGUCUACCCGACGACACAACUGUCGACAUCGUUCUCAUGGACGCAAGAACAAACCGCAAGAUCCACUCGCUCAAACGGUUUAUUCCAUUCAAGCGAGGUUCUGCACAAGUUAGGGUGCCUGUCAGCUUGCCCGAAGGAGUAUCGUUUGUUUUAAUUUUGGAGUUGUAUCGUGGUCGGAGUCAAGAGCAGGUCACGGGCACAAUCACUGCUUCGUCUGCUUCAUUACCUCCUUAUGAAGGUCAGCAGCAGCGGAACGAAACUCCGUCACUAGAAAAUAUCUCAGCUAAGAGUGCUAGUUAUGGUCGAUCAAUGUCUAAUAUAUCGGGUGAUGCAUUCUCAACAGUGGUGCGGAGAUCAGACAUCAGCAUUUCUUCUAGAGCGCGAAGAAAGGCUAGAGGUGUAGCAGAUCCAAAGGAUGUGGCGGAAAAUGUCAAUGAUAGGGCUCACGCACGUGAUAUGAGGUCAGGCACUGCAGGCUCGCAUCAUGACAUUAAUGACGAUGAUUAUUAUAUUGGCGCAAAUGCAGAGCAUGGAUACCAAUUUUUACCAGAGGAAAUGAGAGAAGAAUACCCCAACACAGUUCGUCCACUUGAUCUAGAGCAUACAUUUGGAUUGCACCAGAAGGUUUACACACUGACACCAUAUACCCUUGAAUGGAAGAUCCCUGCACGUGUCGUAGAGCUGAUGGAAUACACACGCCAGGCACAGAUGUUAGCCAGUGCAGGAAGCAAGAUCAAUCAGGGUCAGCCGUCAUCUCAACAGCAACUUCCUUCGAUCACUCUUAAAUCAACAUUUUUGGCCAAGGUGAUGGUUGAGCUGGUAUUGGACCAGACAUUGGAAACAAUCUCUGUAUUGGCAAGGGACAUUCCUGCAGAGACCAUGUUUCAGUACCUUAGUAUUCAGGAUCGCGUUCCGCCGGCGUUCUAUCGUCUCCGUGUACGUAUGGUGGUUGUUGAGGUCAAAGUGGACGACUCCAAGAUUCCGGCUCUGGGACAAUAUAGAGGAUCUGAUAUGUACAUGGUUUUACCUUCUGGACGUUCAGGCAGUAACAGGCUUGGUAUGGAAGGAUGGGAGUUCCCAAAUGGUGGAAAGGUCAUUGACCGAUAUGAGGCUGUUACGCGAAGAUUCUGGAUUUCACAAGGUGCGCUUUAAGAGCUAAACGUACCUUUUCAAAACUAAAGUCUGUAUAUAAAUAUCAUAACUUGCCAACAAUUACUCGGAAACAAAAAAUCAAAAAAAAAAGAAAAUAAAGUAUAGCCCGUUCCAUUUGUCGCG